AUGUUCAAAGAUCUUGACUCACAUAAUGAAGAGGAGGCUGACGACCCCAUCAAGGCAAAGCAAAUGGAAUACGUCUUUACAACAUGUCAGAAUGCAGAGGCUUUCGUUAAACAAAACUAUUAUAACUUUAUAGAUACAGACAGAACGAACUUGAUGAAACUAUACAAAGACAACAGUCUAGUAGCAUGGAAUGGUACAGAACUCAGAGGCAUGCAAAUGAUUGAGAGUCUCUACAAAGAGGUACCAAAGACCAGUCACAAAGUAGAGACCUACGACGCACAAUAUACACUGGGAGGACCAUCACAAAGCAAACAGAUCGUCUCAGUAUUGAUCAUUGUCACAGGCAAGGUCACGUUUGCAGACACAGCGACACACAACUUCCAUCAGACAUUGGUACUGGGUAAAGACCCAGUCAGCCAGAACUUCUACCUCGUCAGUGAUUGCAUGAGGUUGACAUCAUAA